AUGUUCAAAGCUACAUUGCCAAAUACGCUCUGGUUUGAGGGCGGAGCCACUCGCUGCGCAGUUCACCUCGCCAAAUGGAAAAGGCAAGAUGGACGCCCUGUCAGGCUUUGCAAGGACGUGUCCCCGAAAGUCCGUGAAGAAGUGCGUGCCAUAUACGAAAACAAGGAGGAAAACAAGAGCAUGAAACGAGGGGCGGCUGCUGCAGCACUCGACUCCGUGCUGGGUGCGGUCACUGCUUGUGCAGAGAAGAAGGGGAAGAUAACAGAAUUCUUCGGCGACGAGGCAACGUGCGCCAAGGAGGACGCGGAUAACGCGCUUUGCCUAAUGAUCUCGGCGCUGAAGCUUCAAGAGCGCAUCGUGGAUGAUCCGGUCUUCCGCUACGCGGUCCAGUGCUUUGCGCGCGCGGGACCGGGGUAUGUUCCCCCCAAGAAGGGCUACGUUGGAGGGGCGGGCUUGAAGAAAGUGCGGCAGAAAAUGGAAGCAGCGCUCACCCCCGUUGCCGCGAGCUGGAAGCGGGACGGUGUCACCGUGUCGUCGGACAUGAUGACCGACCGUUGUGGCCGCCCGCAGGCCAACAUACUCCUUGUCAACGUCUCAGGCGCAGUUUUCGAGCAGGCCGUGGACUGCAACAUGGAGUCGAAGACGGGGGGGUACAUCGCCAGCCUUCUCCGCCCCGUCAUUGAUAAGGUGGGGCCGGAGAAUGUGGUGGCGGUCUGCACCGAUGGCGGCAGCAACUAUGCAUCGGCAGCGCGGAAGAUUGCGGGCACAUGGCCGCACAUUGAGCAUGUGCCAUGUGCCACGCAUGUCCUGGACCUAUUAAUGGAAGAUGUGGGCAAAAUGGGAUGGGCGAAGGGGCUUGUGGAGAAAGGAGGGGAGAUGAUUACCUUCGUGCGCAACCACCACUUCACCCGUGCCUAUAUGAAGAAAGUGGGGGGGAAGCAGGUGCUCAAGCCUGCGGGAACCAGGUUCGGGACACAAUACAUAGCCAUGGCCCAGCUAUGUGAGGUGAGGAGUGGGCUGGCGGCGAUGGUGUUCAGCGACGAGUGGAAGGUGUGGGCAGCGGGGGACAAGGAUAGGAAGACUGCAGCCGAGAAAUUCAGGGCUGCUGUGAUGGAUGAGGAGUGGGGGGGGGUGGCGGAGUUCUUUUCCUCUCUCAUGGCGGUGCCAUUCAAGGCCAUGCGGGCCACGGACUCUUCCGCGAACGGCAUGAUGGGUAAGCUGUAUAACAUUAUGCUACAGCUUACCGAGGACAUCAAUGACAAGCUCGACGCUUCAGGCGACUUCUUGACUCGGACAGAGAGGGCAGACAUCACCAAGAUUGUGAAGGACAGGAACGAUGUGGAGUGCACGAGGGUGUUCAAGGACUACAUCGAGCGCCACUAUGACCACGUCUCCUUCAGGCGCGGCAAGGAUGGUGCCCCUCACCGCGCCUCCCUUGUGCUGCAGGAGGCAUUGCUGGCCUACAUCAACUUGGAGGGCAGUUUUGGCAAGCUGAGCGCCAUAGCUGCAAGGGAGGCAGUGAAGAAAGGGGAGAUGAGCAUGGUGCAAUGGUGGUCGUGGCACAGCACCGAGUACCCUGAGCUUGCCACCCUCGCAUGCCGGAUUCUCACUCAGCCCGUCUCGGCUUCUUCAUGCGAACGUGGUUGGGCGCAGUGGGAAGGCGUCCACACCGCCCGCCGCAACCGCCUCGGGUCCGCCAAGUGUGCGGACCUGGUUUACAUUGCGCACAACUGGAACGUUGUGCGCAAUUGGUACAACAAGGAUGGGGCCAGCACGGAUGUGCCCGGGAACAUCCCGGAUGCCCCUAUUCCCCGCGGCUACAACAUGGACGAGGAGGAGGAGGAUGACCUGUUGGGGGGGGAAGGAGAUGAUGCAGUGCUGGCGGAUGAGUAUGGGGAAGGGGUGGUGGUGGAAAAGCCCCGCAAAGAAAUAGGCUGUGGGGAAGCUCGCUAG